CCGAGCCCGUCCCCGCCGCAGGGAGCGGCUCCGAUCCGCUGUGCCCGUCUCGGGCGGGCGCGAGAGGACGCAUCCCGAAUCCCCGCGCGUGCAGGCGGGUAGCGGGGCGAGCGUGUUUCGGUCCGUGGGUUUCGGGCUACUAGAGCCGCCCGCCCCCCGCGCACUCGGCCGGAAAGUUCUUUGUGCUCCAUCGGGAUAGGCGUGAGGGCCGGGAAGGAAAUAGCAAAAUCUUUAUGGACUUCGUCUGGGUCAGGAGCCCAGAUGAGCUUAAAGAAACCGGGGCUGAACCCUUAGUUUUUCGUCUCCACGCCCACUGAACCCCUCCAUGCCGGCUCCCACAUCUCCCGGCCUGUGGAGCGAUUGCCCCGUUCUGUGAUGGGAAAGCGAAGGACUCCGUCAUCGCUGGCCUCAGAGUCAUCUAAAGAGAACUGACAGGGAAGCGGUGCAGCCAUGGAGAAGAAUUCAAGCUUGUGGAAGAGCCUGGUGACGGAGCACCCACUCUGCACCACCUGGAAGCAAGAGGCGGAAGGGGCCAUUUUCCACCUCGCCAGUAUCUUGUUUGUGGUGGGCUUUAUGGGCGGCAGUGGAUUCUUUGGGCUCCUUUAUGUCUUCAGUUUGCUGGGGCUGGGCUUCCUGUGUUCUGCGGUCUGGGCGUGGGUGGACGUCUGCGCUGCUGACAUAUUUUCCUGGAACUUUGUGCUGUUUGUCAUCUGCUUCAUGCAGUUCGUUCACAUCGCGUACCAGGUUCACAGCAUCACCUUCGCCCGAGAAUUCCACGUGCUGUAUAGCUCCCUCUUCAAGCCCCUCGGGAUCCCUUUGCCCGUCUUCAGAACAAUUGCCCUGAGCUCCGAAGUGGUUACUCUGGAAAAGGAGCACUGUUACGCCAUGCAGGGGAAGACCUCCAUUGAUAGACUCUCCGUGCUGGUCUCAGGAAGGAUCAGAGUGACCGUCGAUGGCGAAUUUCUGCACUAUAUUUCCCCCUUUCAGUUCCUGGAUUCUCCCGAGUGGGAUUCGCUAAGACCCACAGAGGAAGGCAUUUUUCAGGUCACUCUCACAGCAGACACUGACUGUCGAUACGUGUCCUGGAGGAGAAAAAAAUUGUAUCUGCUCUUUGCUCAGCAUCGAUACAUCUCCCGCCUGUUUUCUGUUUUAAUCGGCAGUGACAUUGCAGAUAAACUCUAUGCCUUGAACGACAGAGUAUACAUAGGGAAGAAACAUCACUAUGAUAUCCGGUUACCCAACUACUAUCAGCUGUCAAGUCCAGACUUGUCCAGAUCACCCCUAACAGAACAGUUUCGGAAUUCCAGACAACAUUGUAACAAAUGACAUCAAAACCUGAAGUUGUUUUGAUGGCUGGGAAAAAAAAAAAGACUUCAUCAUUCCCCAGAUAAGAUAGCACACUAUUAUUCUAUUUUACAACUGAAACUCAGAGUCAAGAUGCCAUCGCCAGGUGUUUAUUAAUUCAUUUUAACUUCCGCACCUCAAAUAAACUUUACAAACGUUCAUGUAUUCCUUGCUGUUGUAAUGGAAGAUGAAUAAUGACGGGCGCUCUGCCCCUUCUCUGCAUCAGAACUGAGAGAAUAAUUUCGUAUUCUCUGAUAUUUCCUCCAACAUGCUGUCUGAUACUGUUGGCACAGGAGAAGCCCUUAGCAAAUGUCAGCAGGAGAGCAGGUUGCUAUGGUCCACAGACCCAUUUCUAGAAUCUGCCUUUUCCUGACAAUCUCUGAUGAAUGUAAGUUACACUGUUGCUGUAGGAAGCAGUUCCUUUUAUAUGUGACAUUCUCUGACAUGACUUAGAAAGAAGAAUAAAUGUAAGAAACAGUAA